AUGCGACUCUCUCGUGAAGUCAAUAUGGAUGAGGAGUAUGACAGCGAUCCCAUCACUUCAUCGUUUGCAGCAUCGUCAUCAUCAUCAGGUGGUGUGGGUAGUAGUAGUGGUAGCGGAUCAUCAUCUAAACAAACAAUUCCAGAAAGUGAUGAUGAACAAUCUGAUUCUGGGAGUAAAAGAAAGAGAGACUUGAAUGAUAAAUCAACACCAACAGCAAUAACAACUCCAAAGAGGAGAAAAAAAGAUUCAGAUGAUGAUGAUGGUGAGGAGGAGGAGGAAUCAUCCACUAAGAGAGUUACUAGAAGUAGCAGUUCUAAAUCUAAGAGUGAACCAUCAUCCGAAUCAAAACCUACUAGGAGAAUGAUUGAUAAAAAGAGAAGUAAACAAAUUCAAUCUGAGGAAGCAGAAGAGGAUGAAGAUUCCGAUCAAGCUGAGGAUGAGUAUGAGGUGGAAGCUAUUCUGUUGAAAAAAACAAAGAAUUCAAAAGCAAACUAUCUUGUAAAGUGGAAACAUUGGUCAAUUAAAGAUUCUUCAUGGGAACCUCAUGCACACUUGGAAAAGCUUACAGAAAUGCUGAACAAGUUUGAGAAUGAUAUUUAUCCAAACUUUAGCAGUGAAUAUAAACGAGGACAGUGUAAAUUUGUGCAUGACAAGGUUCUAAAUUCAAGAAAAUACAAAAAUUCGACAGAAUAUUUAGUGCAGUGGAGAGAUUUUCCAAUUAAUACUUGGGAACCAGAGAAUGAAGUGCCAUUCAAAUUCAUUUCCAAGUAUAACAAAUCAACAACAUCCUAUAAGAAGGUUGUGGUAAGCAAGACCUCUUCAUUACCUUCAAGUAGUUCUGUAAAAUCCACACCAAGUGAUACAAUGGUUUUCAGUAGUGAUGAUGAAGCUAGCUCAACAAGAUCAUCCUCCUCUAAGAAAAAUCAAAUGAUCGAACCAGAAGAUAAUGACAUUGAAAUUCCACCACCAACAUCUCAAUCCUCUUCAUCAAAACGUUCAAAGAACAAAUCAUUUAUUUCGGAGAAGGAACUUGCAGAGAUGGAUUUUGAUAUUGUCACAAUCAAGAAGAGAAAUAAUACUAUUCAAUUCCAAAUUAAGGACAAUGAAAGUGAGGAAAGUCAUAUAACGGAUGUAAAUUGCCUUCGUGGAAAGGCAACAGUUCAGAAACUAGUUGACUUUUUAUUAGGGAAAGUUGUUUUCGAAAAGAAUAGAUAGUUUUAAUUUAUUUUAAUGUACAUUUAUAAUUUACAAAACCUAGAUGAUUAAUUAGUAAUAUCUUUCAAUAAAGCCAUAAAGUGUUCAAAUUUGAGUACAUUAUUCGUCACUACAGAAUCAAACAAUUGUUCAAUUUCUUCAUCGUUAAAUGCUUCACCAAUUCUGAGAUUUUUCAAAACCUUUUUAAAUUCAUUCUUGGUGAGAACACCAUCUCGAUUUGUAUCAAAAACUUCUUCAAAAGCUCUCCUUAAUUCAUUUUCAUCAAAAUCUUGAGACAGAACAAUUUCUUGCUCCUUAUCCUUCUUCUUCAAAGCACUAAAUGGUUUAAACUUCCAAAAUGUAUUUGAUCCCGAUGAUUCUUGUUGUUUUUCAUCAUUUUCUGUUUCUUGUUCGGUUCUGCCGCAAAUUUCUAGGAAUUCCUUAAAGGUCAAACCCUUGCUCAAAUUCCAUGUCGAGGAUAAGUUUUCAAUGUACUUUUUAUCGUAUACGGAUGACAAAAAGUCCUUAACUUCUUCUGCUGUAAGCUUUCCAUCAUUAUUUCCAUCAAACAUAUUAAAGAUGAUUCGCAAUCUGUGUUCUUUCGAGUCUGGGUUAUAUUCCAUAGGUGCGCUAACACUUCUUGAUCUUCCUCCACCUAUCGAUACAUUAGUAGGUGUCGAACUUGCUGAGGUAGAAUCCUUGCCUGUUUGUUCCUUCUUUCUCCAAUUCAGUUGAAAUAACAUUUCUGAGGGUUUGUUUGUGGUAGUGAGUGAUAUCGGGUUGUUGUUUUAAUCUCUCUUAGAGUUGGGUAUUUUG